AUGGCUGUUACUACUGGUAUCUCCACCUUCACCAUUGUUCAUCUUAAUGCUCCAACUCACUUUCCCAUAAAAUUGACUACCUCCAAUUUUCCAGUUUGGAGACGACAGAUUAAGUCCACACUAAUUGGAUUUAAUCUAGAUGGAUAUAUUACCGGUAUGGUAAAAGCUUCAUCUCAAUAUCUUGGUGAUACCCAGACCAAUAUUAAUCCAGCUUACACACUCUGGUUCAGGCAAGAUCAAAUACUAUUUAGCGCCAUUUUGGGUAGUUGUUUAGAUACUCUUCAACCACUGAUCUCCUCUGCACCUAGAGCUCAUGAUGCAUGGAAAAGGUUAGCAUCAAGCUGUGCUGCCACAUCUCAUACCCGUGGACGAGUUGUUUCGCUCAAAGCGAAGCUUGCAAAGAAUCUGAAAGGUUCAAGAACCAUUAUUGAAUAUCUACGCGAUAUGCAUGCCAUUGCAGAUGACUUGGCCCUUGUCCAAAGCCUUGUCUAUGAUGAAGAUCUCACCGUUCAUAUCAUUACGCAGCUUGGGGAUGAAUACAACGCCAUUGUUGCUGCCAUUCGUGUGAGAGAAACACCUAUAUCUCUAGGUGAACUGUCUGAUGUGCUCACUGAUUUUGAACGUGUUUUGAAAGAAGGAGAUGCCACCCAGCAAGUUGGUAUGGUUACUGCCAAUGUAACAACAAAACGAACCUCACAUAUGCCAUCUGGUUCACAUAAUGCUUCUCCUGAUCAAAAUGGUUCGUUUAAUUCCCGAACACCUCGAGGUGGUUUUAAUGAACAGAAUGGCCGAACAAAUAAUCAGGGAGGUUUUAAUGGCAACAAUGCUCGUUCGCAGCGUUAUUGCUGA